UGGCCGGCGUAUGCGCCGCUGGGGAAUGAGGAGACGAUCGAGAACGAGCUGAUCGAGGUGCCCGACGGCGUGGUGGAGCUGGGCAAGCCGUCGGACUUUCCGUCGUACGGGUGGGACAACGAAUACGGCCGUCGCCACGUCACCGUUCCCGCCUUCCGCGCCUCCAAAUACCUCAUCACCAACAAAGAGUUCUUGGCGUUCGUGGAAGCGGGCGGGUAUGAGACGCAAAAGUAUUGGUCCGACGAGGGCUGGCGGUGGCGCACGUUCCGCGAGGCCCGGUGUCCCACCUUCUGGGUGCCCCAGCCCGACGGCUCCUACAAGUACCGCGCGAUCUUCGCGGAGAUCGAGAUGCCCUGUAACUGGCCGGCCGACGUCAACCAACUCGAGGCCAAGGCCUACUGCAGCUGGAAGGGCGAGGGCUUCCGGGUCAUCACCGAAGCCGAGUGGCAUCGUCUGCGAGGGGACACGCCGAGCGAGCUGAAGGGCCAGCCCGAAGCCGAUCCCAUCAUGCGCAAGGAGUCGAUCGGGAACUACAACCUGCGGUUUUCGUCGUCGACGCCCGUAAACAUGUUUGCGCCUUCGCCCAUGGGCUUCCACGACGUGCACGGCAACACCUGGGAAUGGGCCGAGGACGAGGCCGACGGUCUCCCCGGUUUCAAGGUGCAUCCGUAUUACCUCGACUUCAGCACGCCCUGCUUCGAUGGCCGCCACAACCUCAUCAUGGGCGGCUCGUGGGUCUCGACGGGAGACCAAGCGUCGGCCUACGCCCGCUAUUGGUUCCGAAGGCAUUUCUUCCAACACCUCGGCUUCCGAUUGGUGCAAACCAUCCGCCCGAUCUCCCUGUGGAAUGAUAGGAAUUUGUAUCCGAUCGGGGACAAUCCGCACAAGGUGACCGAGAACCGGUGGAUCGACGAGAGCAACGUGUACGAGCAGAAGAAGCUGAUCGAGGAGUACCUCCAGCUCCACUACGGCCGGGACGACGAGGUCCUCCCCUAUCCGUUCACCGGCCUAGGCGAGCUGGCCCUUAACUUCCCGCGCAGAUGCGCGCAGGAGUUGAGCGAAGCGUUCAAAAAGUAUUCGCCGAACGCGUCGGCGGCGGCCGACCGAGCGACGGCGCUCGAACUGGGCUGCGCCGUGGGCCUCGUGGGUCUGGACUACAGCCGAGCGUUUGUCAACGCCGGCAUCGCGCUGCAGGAGAAGGGCGUGCUGCCCUACAAGUACGCCACCGAAGGUCGGCUGCUGGCCAGCUCCACGGCGGAGGUGUCGCCCGACAUCGACCGCGCGCGGGUCAACUUCAUGCACGGCGACGCCUGCAGCCUGCCCAAGACCUUCGGCGCCUACGACGCCGUUCUGCUCGCCAACCUCCUCGACCGCCUGCCUGCUCCCAGCAAGUGUCUGGAGGUGCUGCCGCAUCUGGUGAAGCCCGGCGGUGUGAUGCUCAUCACCUCGCCCUACACGUGGCUCGAGCAGUUCACCCACCCCUCCAAGUGGAUGGGCGGCUACCACCUCGGAGACAAGGAAGUGCGUACGUUCGAUGUUCUCAAGGAGACGCUGCAGGCCGACUUCGAGCUCCUGGAGCACAAGGACAUGCCGCUGCUCAUCCGUGAGCACGUGCGCAAAUUCCAGCUCUGUGUCGCCCACGCCACUGUUUGGCGCCGCAAGUAG